CUGGACAGAAUGUUCGCUUCGACGUCACAAAGAAAUGAUUAUGUUUGCGGGCGUCUUACAAUAUCUCGUUAUUUAUAGCAAAAUCCAGAAAACCGCAUACUAUCGGAGAGAAGUUAAUUUUGCCAGCCGUUGAAGAGGUUUUAGAAACUGUUUUACACAAACCUGCAUCUGAUAUCAUUAAAAGAAUUCCCUUAAGCAACAAUACUGUUGAAAGACGUAUUGAUGAAAUGAGUUCUGAUAUUGAAAGCUUCUUGUGUAAUUAUUUUCAAACGACCCAUUUCUCUAUACAACUGGACGAGUCAACUUUACCUGAUAAUGCAGCAUUAUUAUUGGCAUAUGUUCGUUUUAUUAUGAAUCAAGAAAUCUACGACUAUUCGCAAGAACUUUGAUAACCGACACUAAAGGUGAAUCAAUAUUUCAUGUUUUAGGGGAUUACUUCAUUGAAAAAGCAAUUCCUUUAUCAAAUAUAAUAUCAGUAGCUACAGAUGGAGCACCUGCCAUGGUUGGACUGGUGCAGACAAUGGUCACUCUGGGAUCAGGAAUGGUACAGUAUUGUCUUUAGUGACGGGUCUCGAUUUUGUUCAGGCAUGCACGAUGGUCGUGCCAGGGUUAGAAGGCGACGUGGUGAAAGGAGGAAUCCACAGUUUUUUGUUGAAAGACAUGUUCAUCACACUGUUGGAGUUAUGGUUUGGGGUGCUAUAGCUUAUGGUUCCAGGUCACCUUUAAUCUUCAUCAGAGGUAACAUGAACGCGCAGCAUAAUGCCCGACCACAUGUUGCAAGAGUCACAAUAGACUUCUUUCAACAUAAUGAUGUCACAUUGUUACCAUGGCCACCAAGAUUUCCCGACUUAUCCCCAAUUGAGCACGUGUGGGAUAUGAUGGGUAGGAGAUUGCUCAAUUUGCAACGUCCUCCUCAGACUCUAGAAGCACUUCGAGAGGAGUUGGUGGUUGCCUGGAAUGAGAUACCACAGGAGGACAUUGACCACCUGAUCAGAAGCAUGCCUAGGCGCGUUGGAGAAUGCGUAGCACAUCAGGGUGCAUCCACACAUUAUUAA